AUGCCAUACCCGUUACAAGGCAUGCACGGUCCCACAUCGGGGCCUUCUCCUCCGCCGCCUCCUCUUCCCGGUAUGCUGAACCAGCACGGCCAUCCCGUGAUGCAUGUGGUCCCUGGUCCGUCCGGACCUCCGCCGCCGCCCGCGCAGGCCCAUCCGCCUCCCUCUUCCGCCUCCCCCGCUGCGCCAGCGGCCGCGGAGAACGCCUCCGCCCCAGUAGAAGCGCCCGCUUGUUCUUCCAGUGCGCCUGCUCCUCCGGAACCCGCUGCGCCUCCUCCUCUCCCUUCUGCCCCCUCCGCGCCACCCCCAUCCUCCCUUCCACCUGUGCUCGGCGCUCUUUUCGGCGCAACAGGAGCAACCGCCCCUCAAACUCCCCCCAGGGAGCCCGCUGCCCCGUCCGCUCCUCCUCCCCCUUCCGCCACCCCCCCAGCUGCCGCUUCCGCGCUUGCUUCCGCUCCUCCACCUUCCGCUCCCCCUUCCGCUCCCCCGCUCCCUGCAGCCGCGGAACAUUCUGAGCCGCCCCGCAGCGCCCUUCCGCUCCAGCUGCGCAGAUCCAAGCGCGGAGUGGGGAAGUUCUUACCUGGAAACGCGGAGGUGGUUUCCUACAGGGUGGAUAAGCGUGACCCGUUAGAAGCAGGUCCGCCGCAGCUGGAGGUGUCGCCUAUAACGGUUUACGGGUCAGAGGAGGUGCUAGCGCCGGGGAGACAGAUAGCAGUGAACAGGCGGUAUAUUAGCUAUGCGCUCAGGAACGCGAGCAUCCGUGUGCUAAACAUCAAUACGGCCCUGCGCGCGCUCUUUAAGGGGCACAAGAAGCGCAUCACGGAUAUGGUGUUCUUUGCAGAGGACGAGCACCUCAUGGCCAGUGCGAGUGCGGACGGGCUGGUGGUGGUGCGGCGGGUGGAGGAGGGGCCGGGCAGCGACGGCAAGGUGGCUAUUGGCGAGCGUGUGUUGGCAGUGCUGCAGCUCAAGGGCGCGUGGGGGGACACUGCUGCGCCGCAGCUAGCCUGGCACCCCCGGCAGAAGGACAUCCUCAUAGUCGCGUGCGACCGCUUCGUCCUCUUUGUCUCCAUCGCUGCAGCAGCCGCAGCAGCGCCCACCAAGCCUCCCUCGCUCUCCGAUCCCUUUGUCAUCGAUCUCACAAACGAACCAGCACCACCAGCAGCAGCAGCAGCACCAGAAGCAGGAGGGGCAGCAGGAGUGGCAGCUGAGGCGCGGGCGAUAGUGGAGGGGGUGAUUCUUCUCAAGGGGCACUCCGCGCCUGUGCCCUCUCUGCUGCCCGAGCCCUCUGCCUGCACGCUGCUCCCGACCCCCUCGCUAGACGGCACGGUGCGAGUGUGGAGCAGCACGGUGUGUGUGUCUGCCAUGACUCCACACGCCUCUCAGCCUGUCUUCUCCGCCCUCUUCCUGCUCCCGCCCUCGGCUCCCUCCAACCACGCACUCCUACUCACCGGGGGUCCCAACAACAGCGAGCUAAAGCUAUGGGCCUCCACCUCCACCUCCUCCUCCUCCUCCGCCUCUCCCUCCUCUACCAGCAGCGUGCAGCAGGACAACUGGCGCUGCAUUCACACGUUGCAGCUUCUAGCCGACGCUCCCCCGCUCAAACCCACUGCUGCAAAAAGCAGCGGCAGCAGCAGCAGCAGCAGCAGCAGCGUGGGUGUGAGCGGCAGCAGCGGGGUGUUCUGCCAAUUGCAAGUGGUGCAAUCCCUGGGUCUUGUCCUCCUCACCGACGCACUCCAGAAGGCAAUUUACGCUGUCUCUGUCCGCUUCGACCCGGCCUCCCCCACUCUCUCCCGCUUCCAAUCCAUCGCUCACUUUUCCGUUACCAUGCCUAUUCUUAGCUUUACUGCCUAUUUGGCUGCUCCUAAUGGGGACGGGGCAGAGGAGGGCGCGCAGGGGGAAGGCGCAGGUGGGGGCGCAGGGGCAGGGGGAGAGGGGAAGCAAGGGGAUGGGGGGAGAGGGGAGUCUGGAAGUGGGGGAGGGGGUGCGGAUGGUGAUGGUGGUGGUGAGGGAGGAGGGGGAGGAGGAGGAGGAGGUGAGGGAGGGGGUGGGAAGGGUGGUGGCUGGGAUGGUAAUGAUGGGUCGGGUGAGGUGGAGUUGGUGCAGCUGUUUUGCAUGCAGACACAGGCCAUACAGCAAUACUCCCUCCCUGUUGACAUGUGCCUACCUCCUUCCUCGGAAGACGAAACGCCGGCCAUCACAGCAGCAGAGACGCUUGCACCACAGGCAGAGGCACCGCCAGCAGCAGAACCAGCAGCAGCAGAGCCAGCAGCAGCUUCAGCGGCAGCAGAAGCAGCAGGCAAAGAAGGGACAGGAGCAGAAAAGGCAGUAGUGUCAGGCCCGGUAGACGUGUGGGGUGCUGGUACAGUCAAGGAAGAGAAAGCGGAGGGCAAAGAAACAGGACUAGGGGCAGCUGCAGAAGCAGAAGCAGACGGAACAGCUGCGGUGGCAGGUGGAGGAGGAGGAGGGACAGAUGGGCGUCCGCACCUAGUGACGCCCCAGGAACUGCUGGCCAUGGUUAUGGGCAUGAGUGGCCCCUCUCCUGCUGCCACUGCCACUGCUUCCCCCACCACUGCCAGUGCCACCGCUCCUGCUGCUCCCUCUGCUGCUCCCCUGGCUGCGGCUCCUGCAACAGCCGAAGGAGGGGCUGCAGUGGUGGCGCCUGGUUCUCUCCCUGCUGAUGGUGCUCCCUCUGCUGAUGGCGCUCGUGCUCUUGCUGAUGGCGCUCUUGCUAUUGCUGAUCGGCUACAGGCGGAGGCUGCUGAGGAGAAGGGCGCAGCGGAAUCAUCAGUUGCAUUGAAAGGAGUGGGAGGUAGCGAAGGAGCCGGGGCUGCUCCUGCUGUGUCUGCCGGGGCAGCUGGGUCUGCUGACGUGGCAGCUAUGUCAGCGUCCAUCCAGGCACUCAAGAGUGACGUGGCAGCACUGCAUUCGACUGUCCAAUCACUCCUGCAGCAGCAGCGGGAGGCAGCAAAGCACGUCCCCGCGCCUCUCCUCAAGGAAACGAAGCGCCUCGAAGCGGCCCUCUCCCAGCGCGUAGACCGGGCCACCAAGACCCACGCAGACGCAUGCCAGUCCCGAAUCCAGGAAGACCUAGCAAAAGAAUCUGCCAAACGGGAGAAGGCCGAGAAGGCAGCGCAGGGUCAGAUGGUGGCAGCGGUGGCGGCGGCGGUGGUGAGUGGGACCGCACAGCAGGUGGUUCCGGCAGUGGAAGGCGCAGUGGCGAGGGAGGUGGUGGGGGCUGUGCGUAGCGCCGUGCUGCCUGCUCUCGACUCAGCGGUCUCGGCUCAGAUCAAGCUUCUUGGGCAGACCCUCACAGAGGAUGUGCGUACGCACACCACCGCUCUCAUCCCACCAGCCGUCGCUGUAAGCCUCAACUGCUCCUUCUGCCUUCCCCUUCGUUGCCUUCCUCUUGCUUCUCGUCCCUCCCACCCCCCCGCUGUCUCUCCCUCAAAACCUCUCACGCCGCCGCUCUUCCAUCCCUGGCGUGGCUCGCACCUUCUAACGCGCCUCCGUGCCUCUCCUCAUCCACCACGCAUCCCCCCUCUUCCCUUCCAGUCCUCCCUGCAGGCGUCCCUAUCCAACGCGGCGUCCCUAUCCGAUGCGGUGCAUCGGGCCUUCACAGAGGCAGCAGUGCCCGCCAUGGAGCGGGCCGUGCGGGAGAUGCUCUCUCAGCUCGACCGCUCCCUGCGCUCUGGCCUUGCAGCCCAUCAGGCUGCGCAACAGGCGGCUGCGUCCCUAUCCGAUGCGGUGCAGCGGGCCUUCACAGAGGCAGCAGUACCGGCCAUGGAGCGGGCCGUGCGGGAGAUGCUCUCGCAGCUCGACCGCUCCCUGCGCUCCGGCCUCGCAGCGCAGCAGGCCGCACAGCAGGCGGCCGUGCAGGCAGCGGUGCAGGCGGCGGUGCAGGGAGCGGUUGAGGGGCAGAUUCAGCAGCAGCUGGCGGCGCUACAGCAGCAGCAGGUGGUGAAGAUGCAGCAGGAGAUGCAGGGCGUGACUGCUGCUGCUAAGGCCUCCAUCCAGGAGUCCGUUGCAUCGCUCAACUCGGUCUCCUCAACUCUGCAGCAGCAUCUGCAGGCUCUCACUGCCCUGCCUGCUGCUGCCGCUGCUCCCACAGCUGCAGCCCCGGCAGCAGCAGCAGCAGGAGUAGCAGCGCCAGGGGCAGCAGGAAGCAAGGGCUCUGCAGCAGCAGCAGCUGCUGAUACUGCGCAGGGGAACGGGCUGGCUGGAAAGGCGGUGCCAUUGGAGCAGCUGGAAGCAGCGCUAGACCCCACGAGGGAGAUCUCGCGCCUGCUGGCAGACGGCAGCUACGAGGCUGCCUUCACCCGCGCCCUUUCCCUCUCUGACGUCGCCAUCGUCACCUGGCUCUGCUCCCAGGUGAAACCGGAGACAGUCUUCUCAGCCUCGCCACCCCUCAGCCAGGGGGUUCUCCUCUCCCUCGUGCAGCAACUGAGCGUGGACCUGCAAGCCGACACCGCCACCAAGGUGCCCUGGCUCAUCAAGUCCCUCAUGACACUCCAGCCGCGCCACCCCCAGCUGGGAGUGCACAUGCGCCCUAUUCUCGAGCAGCUAUAUCAUGCAGUGCACCGCGUGCUGGCUUCUGCUGCUGCUAAGCCUGAGGGUGGUGAUGGGGCCGAUGGGGGUCAUGCGGGAGCUGCAGCUGCUGCUGCACGUGGCCACGUCUGUGCUCACGACUUGCUCUUGAGCCGACUCAAAAGUCGACUCAUAAGUCGUGCGGGAGCUGCAGCUGCUGCUGCAUGUGGCAACGUCUGUGCUCACGACUUGCUCGUGAAGGGUGGGUCGCGUGUGGAGGAGGAUGGGUGGUGUGUGGAGGAAGGGUGUGAGUGGUGGGUAGGCUUUUUGGAAAUGGGAGAGGGGGUGGUGUUGGGCGGGUAA